AUGUCUGUUGAAGCUUUAUUAUCCGAAGUAACACCAUUUUUUCCACUUAAAGAUGGUAGCAAACAUCCCAAAGAGGAACUUUCAAUCUUCGGAAAGAUAAAAGAAGCUGUCAUUGAUGCUAGAAAUACAAUUUCUGAGGUUCUUCACCUUACACAUUCAGAUGAAACAAUUGAAAGUCUUACCAAAAGUAAUGAAAAAUUAGUUAAGGAAGUUGCUGCUUUACGAGAAGCUGUUUUUUCUUUAACUACACAAUCAGGAGUUUCAACUAGUAAAAAAUUCAAUCCUUCAGGACCAUUUUUGAUUAUGGGAGACGGAAAUAUGUCUUUUAGUGUAGCUUUUUCUAAAAUAUACUCAAAUACUCUUAUUACUACUUCCGUCCUAGAAUCAAAAAAAGAUUUUUUAAAAAGAUACCCUUCAGGUAGUCAAAAUUAUGCAUACUUAAGUCAUCUUAAUCCACGGGUAAAUGUAGUUUUUUCCUUAGAUGCAACUAAACUUCCCACUUACAUGUAUGGGAAAUAUCAAAAUAUCAUAAUGAAUUUCCCACAUCAUGGUGGUAAGAGUAAUUUAAAAAAAAGCAAAACUUUAUUAGGAAAUAUUUUCAAAAGUAUUAGUAAUGUAUUACAAAAAGAUCAUGGAUAUUUUCACUUAACAUUAGCUAAAAAACAAUCAGGAUUAAAUUAUGAUGACAUUUUAAAUAAUAAAGUAUGGUCUGAAAAAGAACCUCAACAUGAAAAAGAUAGUUGGCAGGCUAUAUAUAUAGCUGCUGAAAAUGGAUUUAGACUAGCUUUAGCUUCACCAUUUAAUGUAGAUGACUAUUGUUAUAAUUCAUCUGGAUACAAAAAUAGGGAUCAAAUGUUUCAUAAUGAUGAUCAAUCUGUUACUUUAACAUUUGAAAUUUGCGAUCAAACUACAGAAUUAGAAAUUUUUAAUAAAAUUGAGAGUACUAAUAAUAAUAAUUACAAUUUAUUUCAUAACUUUCGUCCAUAUUUUAUUCAUGAUAUAUCAAUUUUAUACUCAACAAAUGAUAUACUUUUUUGGGAAUCUAAAUUAUUAUCAAUAAUUAAAUAUAUAUUAUCAGGUCCCUUAAUUAAGAUAAUUGAGCUUAAACAUCUUAGAGGUAGUUGCCCUUAUACAAACCGUCCAAAUCGCGUAUAUCGCAUCUAUUGGCAAGGUGUUAAAAUGCCAUUAACAAAAGUGAUAUGUAACAAAUUUCAAAACAAAUUACGGGAUAAGCUUUGUAAUGUUGCCGCUUCCGUUGAAAAAAAAGAAGAAGCCGCUAAAGAUGAUGAAGAUUUUGAUCUUUUUGAUUCUGAUGAGGAGGAAGAAGAUGAAGCUAAAAAAAAGAUUACUGAAGAAAGAUUGAAAGCUUAUCAUGCCAAAAAAGCUACAAAACCAGGACCAAUAGCAAAAUCUUCAAUUAUUCUUGACAUCAAACCAUGGGAUGAUACAACUGAUCUUGUCAAAAUGGAAGAAUCCGUCAAGAGUAUUGAAAAAGAUGGACUUGUAUGGGGUGGAUGUAAACAAAUUCCACUUGCAUAUGGAAUCAAGAAACUUCAAAUCAUCUGUGUCAUUGAAGAUUUGAAGGUAUCUGUUGAUGAUCUUAUUGAACAAAUUACAACAGAUUUUGAGGAAUACGUUCAAUCAGUUGAUAUUGCUGCCUUUAACAAAAUUUAA